AUGGAGUGCCUUGUGUGCCUUGGAAUAUGUUUGCUGUUCCUUCAUCCCUGCUGGGUGCGAGCAAAGACCCCAAACACAAAAGCAGGUCUUACUGAAGAUCCGGUGCCAGGAACCCCUAAACCUCCACUCCCUACAGAGACCCUGGCAGAGGCUGACAGGUGCAGAGGCUACUAUGAUGUGAUGGGUCAGUGGGACCCACCGUUUAACUGUAAUGCCAGCAGUUAUUUGUACUGCUGUGGAACCUGUGGAUACCGUUUCUGUUGUCAGUUCAAGCAUGGUAGAUUGGACCAAAGCAUGUGCUCCAACUAUGACACUCCAAACUGGGCAAACACUGGAAAGCCACCUGCCCGAGGGCAUGACUCGGGUGAUGACCCCAACAAAGACAAGACUAACAUGAUCAUGUACAUCAUUUGUGGUUUGGCAGCCUUAAUGGUUCUCAUAGGGAUCUUCACUAAAUUGGCUGUGGACAAGACUCAGCGACCUCAAACUGACAUGAAUGUAUCUAGGACUCUGACAGACCUACUGAAACAGCCAGCCCCGAUUGACCUCUUAAAUGAUGGGCACAGAGGCAGCAUACAGGUUCAAAUAACAGAGGUUAUACCAAGAAUAUCUCCACGAAACAGCAUAGAUCACUCAAAUUUCGACAACAUGGGCUUGACCUCUCCAUUGGGUACCCAAAGUGGUAUGACAGUAGUUCAAAACAGCAGAGCACGGUUGAUUUCUGGCUUCCCUUUACAAGAUCAGGAACUCUCUAAUUAUGCUUCAGUAAAUAUUUCUGAAAAUCCACCCAAUGAGUUUUACAAGAGAUUUCCAGUUAUGGAUUUUGCAGAAGUGUGCUAUCAGCCUGGUGUAUUGAUUACCCAGGAUGGUUCUCCUUCACCAGAAAACUUCCCUCAGAUACCAGCUAAAUCAAAUAACAAGAUUAAGUUAUCUAAGACCAAUACUCACCCUUUAGCAGGGGCAACAUUUCAAGGAUGGGAUCCAAAUCAUCAUGACAUGCGAAGACAAGUUUAUGCCAACAAAAGGCAAUUCAGUAUUGAAAAGCUUCCUGAAUUAUUUAGCCAUCAGAGUCAUUAUACCAAUAUCCCCCAACGGCACAGCAACAGCAAGACAGAGGUGACUGUCUGAAGACUGCUAUGUAUCGACAUCACAUUCCCAAGACAACAUAUAUGUGAAUGCCAAUUAGAGCACUGCGAUAUCUCAUUGUUUUUCUGUAACAUUUUUUUAGAACUAUAAAAUCAAAAGCAUAAUACAAAGUGAGGCAGCAAAAAAGAAAAUAUACAUAAUCCUACAUUUCAAAGCUGGGCCUACUUAUUUAACUACAAAAAACUGAUGAAUGAGAAGAAUAGUAACAACAAGCACAUUCAAACAAACUUGUUUAUUC